ACUUUUCUUCCCUGAAAUCCUGAUGACAACACUUUCAGAUCCGGUGGUGGUGAGUUUGUUUGGCAUCCCCGUCCUGUAUAAAAAGCAAAGCUGCGCCAGUAUGAGUUUAUGUGACACGACUCGAUGUUCAAGGUAUUGACUUCUUGAUAGCGUUACGUAAUGCUAUUCAAAGAAGAAACAAGAUGAUCGCUGUGUCUCCUAUGUCGUUGCUAGCAGCAUUAUUGGGUAUGAGCUUAGUUGGGCUAAUCGAACCAAAACUCCAUGUUGAAUUCGGUAUUUCACCCUUGGAUGGGGACGCUGAGACCUCUAGUGAUGUAUGUGCGAUAAGUGAUGAUACCGUCAACUCUGGUAGUAUGAGCGAUUACGACAUACAAAGAUGUUUGAUUUACAAGAUUGAUGGAAUUGGUUGGACAGCCUUGGCAGCCAUUUCGAAAGCUGAAUCAACUCGUGUUCUACUCAGUAAUUCCAAGAUUAUGAAAGCAGCAGGGAGCAUUGUUGAAAGUCUUAAUGGAUCCUUUAUCAGAUUAACGUGGAACAGAUCUGACAAGGACGUGUACGGAAAAUUUCGAUGUGAUGUCGAAUGGAAAGAAUACCAAGAUCAGAGUACAAAAUUUUCGAAUUAGAAAAUAUCGAGUGAAGAUAAGAUCAAAAUAAAUUCCAUGUGGAAAGCGAGUGUUGAAAUGCUUUUAACAACAGAACUUGAGCAGACGAUAGAGGACGCCAUAAUAAUUAAAAUGGAUGACAAGGUUGAGAACGUAAGUAACCAAACCCCCGAGAGAAAUGGCGGAGAUGUCACAGCAAAUGUUGCAGGCGUAGAAAAUGCAGACGUUAAUAUAAAGAAUAAAAUAAGCCACUAUGACAAAGACAAGCUUUUUGAAGUUAAACAGAAUGGAACAGUUCCACGUAUUGGUUCUAUCUUGUUAAAAUCACAUUAUACUAAAAGAAGUCUUUUAUCUAUACAGGAUGAUAACGAAACUCUAUCAGAAAAUUAUCUUAAUAAUAUCAAAAAGACACUGAAUCGGCAAAUAAUAGAAAAAGCUAGUGAGAAAUACAAUGGGACUAUACCUAAUGUCAAUAUGGAGGGCUCUCUACUGGAAGUAUUAUAUAACCAUACCGCAGAUCACGAAAAUAAAAUGCUAGAACAUUUACAGAACAUUACAAAUCAGCUUCAAUAUUUAAAAGCUAAAGUUAUUCCAAGUUUCAACGUCUUGUCAUUAUUAAGUAAAUAUAAAGAUUGGAGACUACUUCAGCAGCAAAUAUCCAUAAUGUAUGAACGAAUUGACAAAAGAGAACAAAUAGUUAAAAACUUAGAUCAGGAAAUGAAGAAAACUCAAGAUUUGUAUACACCCGCUGAUAGCACAGAAUUUAUUCAAUGGCCUCGAGGUACAUUUGCUCUUCUUAAAUCUUAUUCUGGAUGUCCAACAAAUCCAAUAAAACCCCAGAAAUGGCUGGAAGAAUAUAAAAGAUUUCACACCGAGUCUUCAUCCAGUCUUAAUCUGAACUCUUUUAGUAAAAAUGGUCACUUAGCUUUGCCCAUCAAUUCGACUCAAGGCAAAGAUCAUUUUAUGACUUUACAUUAUUGUGUGAAAAACACAAGCACAAACGAAGAACCAAUCUGGCCGAAAGGUUCCUAUUGUAUCAACAGAUAUGACAGCUGUUUAGUUAACUUUACAGAAGGUCGUUUUACCUUCGAUGAGGAAGAUACUAACCACAAAAGCUCUAGUUCUUUUAUCACUUCUGAUUCAUUAUCACACAAUGCAUUGUAUUUCUGUUGUCGAAACGAUGGAGAUCCUAGAGAUCCUAUACCAUUACCUGUGUUCACUCCGUUCUUCUUAUAUCGUUUUGGAGGACGUUGUCAAAGUGUACUGGGGAUGUCUUACAAAGAGGAAUUCGUCUAUAUCGAUACAGAAAAUGGUAAUAAUGGUGACACCAAACAAUCUCCACACGCCGAUGGAACAAUUAACAAUGUCAACAUAACAUUGUGUUACUAUGAAAUGCAGAGCUCUUGAUACCAGCUUCAUUAUGUCCCAAACUAAAUAAACUGAAGCUUUUAAUAGAAUUGGAUUUUUGUAUUAAAUAUAGCAUAUAAAUGUGUUUUAAGACUUACGGAAAAUGUUGCUAGAAAGGAAAAUGUAACUCUUUCAGCAUCAAAUGCUCUUGCUUCAAAUCCUAGCAUUUAAUCUAUUCAAAGUCUUGUAAUGGCUUUAAUCUGUUUAUAUCUAUGCUUGAAGACAUACAUUUUUUUUUAAACCCUAGUAAAAGUUUUUAAUCAUUCAUUGAAAUCCUGGUAUUAAAAUUAAUCAUUUAUUGAAA